AUGAGAACCUUUAAGCCUAUCAAAGAGCACCACGUGGGCGGGACUCCAGAAGCCGGUGCUGCUUACCGCAGCCGGCCGGGAGUCCCCCAGACCCGCGAGGAUCUGCGGCCGCCCUUUGGGGGCGGGCGGAGGCGGAGUUCGGCGCUGCAGCAUGCAAUCCGGACAGUCUGCGUUCUGGGCCAGGUGGGGGCCGGGCGCCGGGACCCAGGUCCCCGGGAGCCGGCGGGCUGCCUUCGCGCCGAGUCAGCGUCACUGCCGAAUCUAAGUGAGGGGGCAGAGGGAAGGGCCAAGGAAGGCGCCGGGGAGGGAGCUCGCCUUCGCGCUGGGGCCCAGCUGGCUAUGGGGGAGGUGGAGAUCUCGGCCCGGGCCUACGUGAAGAUGUGUCUGCACGCCGCCCGGUACCCGCACGCCGCCGUCAACGGGCUGUUGCUGGCGCCCGCUCCGCGGUCGGGAGAAUGUCUGUGUCUCACCGACUGUGUGCCCCUGUUCCACAGCCAUCUGGCCCUGUCCGUCAUGCUGGAGGUCGCUCUCAACCAGGUGGAUGUGUGGGGCGCGCAGGCCGGUCUGGUAGUGGCUGGGUACUAUCAUGCCAAUGCAGCUCUGGACGACCAGAGCGCUGGGCCUCUGGCCUUGAAAAUCGCUGGGCGGAUUGCAGAAUUCUUCCCUGGUGCAGUCCUUAUUAUGUUGGAUAAUCAGAAACUGGUGCCUCAGCCUCAUGUGCCCCCUGUCAUCGUCCUGGAAAACCAUGGUCCCCGCUGGGUCCCCAAGGACAAGAACUUAGUGAUGUGGAGGGACUGGGAAGAGUCACGGCAGAUGGUGGGAGCUCUACUGGAGGGCCGGGCCCACCAGCACCUUGUGGACUUUGACUGCCACCUUGACGACAUCCGGCAGGACUGGACCAACCAGCAGCUGAACACCCGAAUCACCCAAUGGGUGGGUCCCACCAAUGGAAAUACCUGAGCCAGGGCUGGGGGGGUGGGAGGGGAAGGGUCAGGAUCCAAUAAAGAGACUUGGGUUGAA